AUGCAGAGCCAGCAGGGCUUCGCAAAGGUUGGGAGUUUCCGGGGCAUCUAUGCAGGGGUCUCAUCAGCUGCCAUCGGCUCUUUCCCCAAUGAUGAGGCAUUCUUUGUCACUUAUGAAAGCAUCAAGACCCUGCUCGGAGCCCACAGAGCCCUCUCAGCCCCGUACAAGGUACCUGUCAGUCACCAAGACUUCCUGGGAGAAAUAGUCCCAUGUCUGAUCAGGGUGCUAACUGAGGAGGUGAAGCAGAGGACUCAGGCCUUGCUGUCCUCCAACACCUACCAGGUGCUGCAGGCCACCCUCAGAGAAGAGGGUGUCAGAGGCUACGGGAGUGCGGUACACAGAGAGAUCCCAUUCUCUCUGGUCCAGUUCCACUGGGAGUAUGUAAAUCCUCAGUGGUCAUGGAGGCAAGGUCACACACCCUUUUUUUGGCAGGCUGCAGUGUGUGGAGCUUUUGCAGUCAUGUCUGAGUGUGGGAGUGUGAUCCUGGCUGUCUGUAAGUCAUGUCUGAGUGUGGGAGUGUGA